GGUUUGCUCCUCGCACAAACUCCAGGGCAUCGGGUGGGCGCCCUGUAGUGAUCUCCACUCUGGGUGCUUUUCAAAUGGAAACCAAUUGGGAUCCAAGGCUGGUUGAGGUUAGAUGGGACCAGUGAAGGUCAUCUAGUCCAAACUCCCUACCUCUGGCAAGGACAUGCUCAAGGAGACCAGGUUGCUCAGAGCCCCAUCCAACCUGACCUUGAAUGUUGCCAGGGGUGGGGCACCUGCCAGCUCUCUGGGCAGCCUGUGCCCCUGUUUCAGCACUCCCCUGGAAAACAGUUUCCACCUUUAGAGCCAAUCUGAAUCCACUCUCUUUGAGCUUAAAACCAGUCCCCUUUGUCCUCUUGCAAUUGGCCCUGCUAAUAGAUGUGUCCCUAUCUUUCUUCUAAGCCCCUUCCAAUAUUGAAAGGUCUCCUUGGGGCUUGCCCUUCUCCAGGCUAAACAAGCCCAAGUGUCUUAGGUAAUCCUCAGAGGAGAGCUCCCAACUUGUGGUCAUUUCUGAGGCCCCCUUUUGCUCUUGGCUGCUGUAUUCAGGUUUACCUGCUAGCAAAGGAACUGAACUAUUGCAGUGCUGGGGGUGGAGGCCUGCAGUGGGGCUUGAAGAACUCAAGGAAAGCAGUCCCUGCCAAGCGGUUCUACAUUGGUCUGUGGCAAGGCAAGGGCUGUGUGGAGCUGCCCGUGAGCCUCAGAGGGCACCCAGCUUGUCCCUCCUGGCCCACUCUUAGAGGUUCCCGCCAGCCAAACAGGGACAGCUGAGCAGGAUUUGUGCCAGCCCCAUGUGCUGCCUGGCCCGGUCAAGUAGAUGAGAACUGCUGCGGCUUUGCUGCCAGGUUUUGUGGCAGACAGGGAGCUGGUGAGCGGGCCACUUCCUUGGCUGUCCCUGCUGUGAAGGAAGAUGCCAGCCAGCACAGGAGGGGAAGGGCAUGCCAAGGAAGACAUUGCUCUGCCUGCAAGCCAGAGCUGAGUCCAUCUGCGCUCUGCCGUUUGUGUCUGUGUGUUUCUGGGUGCUGGAGGAAUCCAGCUUGACCCUGGUAGAAGCUCAGUUUGGAAAAGGGUGGUUUCCUUUCUCCUUUGGCUCUUUCGUUUCAAUUCCUUUUGUUUUUUCCCUUUGGACAGCAUCCAUUUCUCAAAUUAGCGGAGCCUCUCUUCAGCCGCUUCUGACAGCCUGAUUGCUGUCACCCCUGCAGCAAAGUAAUGCAGGCAGCAGAGGGGAUGACAAGGACACUUCAGCGGUUGGAGAAAAGAGCCUCUGAGUACAGGCAGAAAGCCUGAGGAGAGAGGGGCCAGGAAACAGGCAGCCAUCAGAGCGGGAAAGGAAAGAUCACAUGGGCCCCUGCCAUGUAAGUCUCCACUCCAGGUGCUUUUCAAAUGAAAACAAAGGAAACUUGCAGUGAAGCAAUUGAGGAAGCAGAGGAGAUGACCAGGAGCAGUUCAGGAUUUCUCUCUCCAAUGCCAGCUUGAAGCUGGACUCAGAAUAAAAAUCCUAGAAACCCCCAAGCCUGUUGGAAGAUUCCCUUGCUUGUCACCCAGGGAAUACAGCUCCAUGUUCACUUCUGGAUUGUCCAGUCUUUCCUAAAGAUGAAAAGCCUCUCCUGUGGGCGUUCUGGUGUGGUUUGGAAUCAGGAACGCUCUCCUUCCUUUAUCGAUUCCAUCCUAUACUGCCUUUGCAAUACUGCCCACUGGACAGUUUUUUCCCAGCUGUGGACUUCUGGAUGAGGAAGAAAGUGCAAUUGCAUUUCCAAGCAAAAUGGCAAUGAAGAGCAGCGCAGCCAAAUCAUCCUGUGGAGAUUCAGGCUUUCAGCUGUGCACAGAGAGGCUUUUGGUUCCUGCCCGGUUCAGCCGGCACGUCUCCUCUGGGACUGCUCCCGCUUCCCAGGUGGCCAUGGCUAAUAGGUAGCAGGCUCUGCAAGUGGAACCAAAGAAGGUGGGCACGUCUGCUGGCAGUACAGGAGAACGGAGAGCAAAGAGCCUGCAAGGUCCCUGGCCAAUGAGGCAAGGCACCCACUGGACCUGCUCUUUGUCAACAGACAAGGACUGGUGGGUGACUCCACGCCUGGGGGCCUCCUGGGGCCCAGCAAUCACAAAAAGUCUCUGUGCUUGACUGGGUGUGACCCCCUUUCUGUGCCUUCUAUUGUCCCUUGUGACUCUCCCUGUGUUGCCCCUGUGCCAACAGGUAAACAGCCCAUGCCUCCUUACCUCUGUAGGCUUUUCUGCUUCCUGGCCUUGCCAUCUCCUGGCAGGUACAUCACUGACAAAGCAGUGGGGGACAGGUCUCUGCUUGCCUUGCUGACAGGGUUACAAAAUGGAUUUGUAAUGGGACCAAACCCGUUCCACAAAACAUCAGGAUUAAAUAUCGAAAUGCUUGGUGUUGCCUGUGUGCUUAAAAGUGCCAAGGAAAGGCUUUAUCAAGAGGGAGGAUCAGCUGAAUCUGGGAAUUGUCCCUCAGGCUCCUGGUGCUUCCCAGGGAGCCUUUGUGCUCUGCUGCCUUUGGCUCUGCUUCCAUGAGGCACUUCCAGCCCUAUUGCUAGACCAGAAGACUGGGGAUAGGAAAGGAGCCCAGUGAACUGGGAGAACAAGGAAGAGGAGGUGAGCAGAUACUGGAGUAGAUUUUUUCACAGGUUGCUCAUGGAAGCAGUUCUCCAGUUAGGGCAGUGGGUGGGGAGAGUAUCCUCAGACCCCAUGUGAUCCCUGUGCUUGCUGCAGCACUUGGCUCAGCCCCCUUGGUCCCCAGGGGCUGGGAACAGUUCACUGUUCUCUACUCCUGUGUCAGCCAGCAGCCUGCUCUUUAUGGAUUUGUGCUUUGUGUUGGGGCUGCACUGUCCAUCCUGCUGAUGGGCCUGGGCUUCAGCAGCCAGACUGUAACUGGAAAACUGCCCUUGUUGCUAAGUUGAAAAGACCAGCAGCCAGUGUCCAGAGGCCACAGCCCCCUCCCUCUCAUCCCUCAGAGCCCAUUUGGGAGCCUGGAAUGUGCUGACCAUAAUAAGGGGGAGCUCCCAUAAUGAGGGAACGUUUCCCUCAUUACCUGUAGCCAUUAAGGGGAGGAUCUUGUGCUUGACACUGUUGGAAUCACUCACUCUUCUGCCUCAUAAGCUGUUGGUGAGGAGGUCAGUGAUCCUCCAGGAAGUGAGUGAUACAUCCUAGCUGACACAGGCACACAACUAAUGCUGAGAAUGGUUUCAAAUAUCAGCACUUUAUUAUUCCCCAGUACAUUUUAUACCCUUCUCACAUGUGUAACACCUGUGUGCCCUUUUAUUCUUUUGUGACUGGUCAAUACACAUGAAUAUUCCAUGCUUCCUUUUGCUUCAGUGCUGUUCAAUGCACCUGUCUUAAACAGCUGCAACUUACCAGGAGUGAGAUUGUUUGCAGCACUAUCUCUGUUCUUUUACAAUCCGUUCUCCUACGCCUGGCCUGUGAUUUAGCCUGCUCAAACAGGCCUAGUUCUUAAAUUUAACGGGCUUUAGCAAAUAUUUUACCGUGCUAAUUUAAAAUACUAAUACAGUGAAUUAUAUGGUAAGUAAUUCCACAGUAGGGUAGAGAAUGAGAAAAAAAAAUCCAAAAGAUCUUAGUAAGGUACAACAUGAUCUACUCAUAUGAUUCCACAAAAGUUUUCAUGGCUAAACCUCAGGCUUUGUCCCAGCCAAAGCGAACAUCUUUCAUAUGAUUUCAGUGUAAGAGGAUGUUCCUGGUUCAGUGAUGAUCUGGAAGGUUCGGAAGUGGGUUGUAUUCACUGCUUGUUGCUUUUUUCUUCUCUCUCAAAAGUCUCGUAGUUUAAAAGCAAAAAUGUAGCUAUAAACCACCUGUAGCCUGCAAAGUUCAGCUGGCAGGCAUAAUCCCCCUGCACUUACCUGUGCUUCACAGGCUCACAGCAAUUGUUGAAGCAGACUUUAUGUAAUGGAAAAUAGCAACUAAGGGAGUAAGUAAGUGCACAGGAGGGAGUAAGUUAACCAACCCAUUGGAUGAAAGGGUAGGGCAAGAGGAGUCAUGGCAAUUUUUAACUCUGUCAGAGAUGUGAUGACUUAGUGAGCAAUCACUACUCUGUGUACCAUCACUGGGCCCCUCCUACGCUCACUUAGAAGUAUUUCUACAUUUCUCACGCAACCCGCCUGUGUGACAAAUCCACACACACUGCACCCAAUUGGUGUCAAGCUUAAGAACUGCUCUGCCUGUGUCUCACCUCUCUAAACCCCUCCUGGAAGCAAUUUUUCCCAGCAUAUAAAGAAUAAAACAUCAUUCUCCUAAAUCUCUCAGACGAUGGUUCCCAAAUAAGGGCCAAGUAAACACAUGUAGUACAUGAUAAAGCAUUCCAAUUAAUUAGAUAGUCUUCCCUCUAGCAGAUGCAGGGUAUUGGCUGCUUUAAGUGUUCAAUGUUACAUGUAAUUAAAAAUGUCAGAGGAGUGAGAUAAGGCACUUGAAUAGGCACUUGUAAAAAAGUAGUGGUAUACGUUGCUUAAACAAACACAAACCCCAAUCCUUUCCACCUCCAAAAAAAUACCAAAAGACCACAGCAAACAAUCAAACAAACUGGAAAAGUAAAUCCACACCUACUAUAGGAGGUAUAACUUACCUUACCUGUGUCCCAGUCUCUCCAGAAGCAUCAGGAGAUGAAGUGAGGAGAGCAGAGGGAGGGAAUACAAUCCUUUCCGGGGUACCAACUGCACCAGGGUCAAACCAUUAGCUGAAUUUGACAAAUUACUUACAUGACCACACCUUGUGCAAUCAAUAGCCACCGUGCUAUUGGAGUGUCCCAAGGAGUCUCCUUGACACUGGCUGUCACUCUUCACAUACAUUUUCAGGUGACCAAACAUCUGCCACCUUCUGCUGUGGUGCACUGGAGGAAUCUGCCCCCUCCUUUCCUACUCUCGUUUCCUUGUGGUGAAGGCUGGCUGGCUCAGACAGCAUCACCUGCCAGUGAGGGAGCAGCUGCCCUGAGCAGCGAACAGCCCUGGGGUGGCUACAUGUAACUGUUGUGCUCAAGAGAUGUGUCAGAGGUGGCUGGAAGGGCUGGAGGGGAGCACCAAUGGCCUUACAGCGGGUUUAGGAUGAGCAGAGCCAGAGGCUUUGUGUUGUCAGUACCCUCUGUGGCUGCUGGGGACAGGUGGGGUGGAGGGGACAUUUCCCUUUGCUGUCACUGGCCUAGCUGCACAGGCAUUCCACCUGUGCCUCCCUGGGAUGCCUUGUGCAGGAAGGCAGUGUGCCUGGGCUUCCAAACCCCCGUCAUGGUGUCCCUGCUUAGCUUUACUAGAGCCCAGGGCCUCUCCCUGCAGAGCAGGUUCUACAUCCCCAGUGCCCCCCAGUGUCCCAGGGAGGCCAAACAAGCGGGUCUGGGUCUCCAGCCUGAGCAGGGGCUGUGCUGGAGCAGCCACAGGCAGGAGUGAGGCGUCCCGGCUUCUCAGGGCUGCUCGGGGCCAUUAGUGCCUGAGGCGGGCUGGGAGCUGCACAGCUCCUCUCCUUGCAGCAGGGUCAGCCCUCGGCCACCUUGGCUCGGGGACACGGAGCACACGCCUGGAGAGUGACCUCGGUGCCAGAGGAGCUGCAGCCGCUCACCCCGUGAGUCAGGGGAGGCCACGUGAGGCCCAGCCCCGACGCCUUCCGCCCACCCGCCACCAGCACCAGGCAGGGCUGGCACUGGGAUCCUGGCCCAGGAUCCUGAACCGCCACAAAGCCUUGAAGAGCCUUGCAGCAACCACAGAGAAGCACGUGGCGUGAAAGGAGAAACACAAACCAGGAAGAAAUUCUGCUUUCACCACAGCCACGGCCAACCAGGACGUCUUCCAGCUGCUAGGAGCAACCUAAGACUUGCAGGCACAGUAAUGGAGAAUUUGGAUGUCCCGAUCCCAGAUCUUACUGAAGAGCAGCAAGACAUUUUUCAGAGAGUUUUUGCUGCUGAUGCCAAGUACUUGGAGAAUCAUGAGAAAAUGGACCAGUCCUUCUGGGAAUCACUUGUAAAAUGCUUGGCCACUACUGACCCACCUAUACUGAAUACUGAAGAAAAGAACAACCUCCUUAACAGCUGUGAUGUCCUCCCCGGAGGCUGUGUUGCCUGCCUGAAAGCCGUAGAGAAGAAAGGAGUCAGGGCAAUGGUUCUUCUUUACCUCUUGCUGAAGACUUCCAACCCAUCUGGAUACAGGCAGCUGCCCAGCUCCAAGGGAAAGGACGAGAAAUUGAAAAUCCUGAAGAGAUUGGAACGGAAUUUUUUAUAUUCAGAAGAGGACAAAAAGUCUGAAAACUCAUCCCAUGAGUCCAUGGAUGAGGAUACACAAGGCAGUGAUGAAGAAGAUUUAGGAAGACAGAAGACUGAAGGCCAGUUACUUGGAGGAAUACCAGCAGAGGUGGUUCCCUACGGAGAUUCAGAGAUUGCCAGAAGAGAAGAUUCAGAUGCAGAUGCAUACAAGAAGGAGAGCUCUCGCCCCCCUCAAUGGACAGUACGGUGGAUGGGCAUACGGAAGGAUGAUGAAUUCUUUCAUUUUGUCAUUCUUUGCUUUGCAAUUGGAGCUUUACUAGUUUGCUACUACUACCACAAAGAUUGGACUAUUUCUCUUGGGAUUGGUUUAAUCACCUUUGCUUCCUUGGAAACCACUGGGAUAUACUUUGGUCUAGUGUACCGAAUUCGGAGCGUCCUUGACAGCUUCGUUCCUCUGAUUGACAGAUUCAGGCCAAGAGGCAUGAGGAAAGCUGCCUAGGAGGAGUAUUUCAGGAGUUCCCCAAACCUGGCUGUCCAAAUGUCCAGUUCUAAAGGAACUGCUUUAUGAGGUGAACCUAACAAGCAAAUGGCCAAUAUGAAACACUCAAAUGUGAAACCUCUGAAAAACAUCACUCCUUUCCCUCCAAAAUAAACCUGAAACUGGGGUACAGGCCCCAUUCUGGAUUCUGAAGUGGAAGCAGAGCUUAGAAUGCAAUGAAGAUGUAGCUUUGUGUUCAGUUCCAUUGAAAUAAACACAUUCACUUUCCCUCCCCCAGGCAGCCAUGUGGUGGUGCCUCUCUCAUUGGUAACAAAUGACGCCAGUCUGCCUGCGCUGCACCAAAAUCAACAGCCCCAUGCCGUGUGCUGGUUCUGGCUCAGGCUGUUUCUGCAGGAAUUCCGGCCCCCCGCUCCUCCCCCCGGCGCUGCUCCCCUGGCUGAGCCCGGCACGGGGGCUGAUGAAUUGAUUGUGGCAGAGCUCGGAGCAGUGGGCGGGCAGCGGUUUCACCCGAGGAGAGCUGGGGAGAUGUUACAGGCACUGACAGAGUGCUGCAGUAAUGAGAUUAUUAGCAAGAGCAGAUUUCGUCUCUUCUCAGGGGAAAAACAAAGUGCUUGACUUGACUCAUCCCCCAACCUUUUUCUUUGAGUAAAAUAACAUGGAACUUUGACAUUCAUUUCAUUUUAUAGGAUGUGUUAUAUACUGCAAGAUUGUAGGGCUACUGCAAUCAUGGGAAGACUGCAACACAAGGGGAUAUCUUUAAAUUUCCAGUAGAAAUGUAAGGUCUUCAUAUCCACAGAAUGAUGAUGGUAACCAGUUGAACAGAAAAAGCCAUAAACAUGGACUUAUAAAGAAAUGUAAAUCUGGAAGCUGUAAACCCAAACAGCUCAGGGCUUUACAGGAACAAUUUCAAGCCUUGCUCAAAAAAUUAGAAAGGUUACUUCCUGUAGAAUGUAGUUUGAAGCACCAGUGUUGGUCGCUCUUGCCCGCAGUUCCAGCUGCACUGCCAGAAACUCCAACAGUUGCACUCAGGCCUGCACCAACACAGCACAGCUGCCACCCAGUGCCUCAAGGCAAGAAUUGUGCAAGAAGGAUAAAAACAAGUUAUUCCAUAGUAUUUAUAUGCUCAUUUACAUGUCUUUGUAGAAAUAUUCCACCAUCCCAAAGUACUGUAUAUUUUGUGUUAGUCUGCAAACAAAGUCUUGCUCAGACCACUGUAGCUAUGGUAGUGGCAAAUUGAACUGAAAACUGCACAGAGUCACCCUGCUGUGAUGAAAAGGGCUUUUCUAGUGUCUUCUGCUGUCUAAUGUCUUUCUGAAAGGCAAUUUGUGGAACAGUCAGGAUGAGAAAUGUGUUUCAAUACUUAAUGUUUUAAAUUUGGUACUCUGCAGUAAACAUACAUUUUUAAUUUCAACAGAAACUGCUUAAGGGUAAAAUAAGCAAAACAUUUAAAAGCAGCAAAACAUUGAAAAAGUCACCAAGUGCAUUCCACCGUGCAAGACGAACAGCUCAGCCACUUAGAGCAGGUCCCAUGAGAAAAGUCAGUUCUCAAAAAAAAGCAGUUUACACAUUGAACUGUGUGUUUCCUGCUCUUCCAGAUCCUUUAGUCCUUCUCAGCAUCACCCUUGCUGCAGCAUCAGCCAAGCAUUCAAAACUACAAGUUCCUAUGAAGAGUUUCAACUUCCUUCCCUUGUGCUGCCUUCACUACCUUUCAGCAUGUCCUGCCUGAGCCCAGGGCUCUGCUGGGUCCCACCUCCCCACUGGUUCCCCAGGACAGGGAACAUCUUCAAGAUCACCCAGCAC